GAUAGAGAUAAGGAUAAACAGAGAGAGAGAGAGCGAGAGAGAGAGAGAGAAAGAGACAGAGGGAGAGAGUGAGAAUCGAAUCGCUCUCUUUAAUGUUGAUUGAAAAAUGAAUGAUGACAUCUAAAAGUAAAUCGUUAAAUUCCGUUUAUUGUUAAGCGGUUUAUUGGCAUUAAAUUGCGCCCAAAUAAAUAUAAAUACAAAUUUGAAAUAAAAAAUUACAAAUUUGGACUUCAACUAGAUUAUAAACAAUUAACGCUUUUUCUAUUUAAACGUGACUUGAUUUCUGUUUGGUUUUAGUUUAGUCCGUGGUCAUGCUCUUUGCGCCUACUCUUAACAUGUUAAUGGCACAAUAAAUUGAUAAACAUGAGCCGAUAUCGACAAAUAUGAGUUAGGGCCCAACAAUACACAUAUAUAAGCUCAAUUGUUUUGGCCAAUUUCGCAAGUCUCCUACUAACCGUCGUGUUAUGCAGUUCGGCCUUUAAACUAAGUGCCCAAUAUUAAAAGUUAAUAUCAUAUAUAAUGACCGCAUCAUACGGAAAUGCCGUCAAGGACGACGAUAGUCGAAUGUCGCAGUACAGAACGAAUAUUGUCUUGAGUGAAUCCUUUACUGCCAAGGAGAAAGAACGCAAAAGCUUCGAACCGAAUAAGAAAAAAAAGAAUUCCAAGCAUAAAGAACCGGCGGACAACGAUGAGGACGAGAAACCGAAAGAAGACAUCAAGCCAGUUGGUUUCUUCACGAUGUUCCGCUAUGCAUCAAAAAAGGAUCGAAUCCUCUACUGCAUCGGACUGCUCUGCUCGCUUGCAAUGGGUCUGACAACGCCAGCAAACAGUUUGAUCUUUGGAAAUCUUGCUAACGACAUGAUUAACUCAAGUGGACGUGGACAGGAAACUACUUAUACAAGGGAAUCCUCCAAUUCCGAGGCCCUGUUGGACGCGGUGCAAAAGUUUUCACUGAACGUGACCUACAUUGGGCUUGUAAUGCUCUUCUGCAGUUACAUGGCCAUCACAUGCUUUAAUUAUGCUGCCCACUCACAAAUAAUGAGCAUACGUUCCAAGUUUUUCCAAUCUGUGCUGCAUCAGGACAUGGGCUGGUACGAUAUCAAUCCGAGCGGCGAGGUAGCCAGCCGAAUGAACGAAGAUCUAGCGAAGAUGGAGAAUGGUCUAGGCGAAAAAGUUGUGAUUUUUGUGAAUUUAAUGGUUGCGUUCGUUGGAUCCAUUAUACUUGCCUUUGUCAAGGGCUGGCAGCUCUCCUUGGUCUGCCUGUCUAGUCUGCCGGUGACCCUAAUAGCCAUGAGCUUUGUCGCCAUAGCCACAUCCAAGUUGGCUAAGCAGGAGGUCAAUAUGUAUGCUGGCGCCGCAAUCGUUGCCGAAGAAGCUUUGUCCGGAGUACGCACAGUCAAGGCGUUUGAGGGCGAACAUAAGGAGGUCGCCGCCUAUAAGGAGAAAGUCGUCGCUGCCAAGGAUCUGAACAUUAAGCGUAAUAUGUUUUCCGGCAUUGGUUUCGGCCUCCUGUGGUUCCUAAUCUACGGCUCGUAUGGCCUGGCCUUCUGGUAUGGUGUUGGAUUGGUUAUCAACGGUCGCCACGAUCCAUACUAUGAGAACUAUACGGCCGGCACGAUGAUAACAGUGUUCUUCUCGGUUAUGAUGGGCUCCAUGAACUUAGGCUCGGCAUCUCCGUAUAUUGAGGCAUUUGGCAUAGCAAGGGGUGCCUGUGCCAAGGUAUUCCACAUCAUUGAGCAGAUCCCAACUAUCAAUCCAAUCCAGCCGCGUGGCAAGAGCCUUAAUGAGCCGCUGACAACCAUCGAAUUCCGCAACGUUGAGUUCCAGUAUCCCACACGCAAAGAGAUCCCCAUUCUGCAAAAGCUUAAUCUGCAGAUCCAUCGCGGCCAGACGGUGGCUCUGGUGGGCCCCUCUGGAUGUGGCAAGUCAACCUGCAUACAACUGUUGCAGCGCUUUUAUGAUCCGCAGGCCGGAAACAUUUUCUUUAACGGCACCAACAUCAAGGAUAUCAACAUUAAAUGGCUGCGCGAGCGCAUCGGAGUGGUCGGCCAGGAGCCCGUGCUCUUUGGCCAAUCCAUAUACGAGAACAUACGAUAUGGCCGAGAGGAUGCCACUAGGGCGGACAUUGAGGCGGCAGCCGCAGCAGCAAAUGCUGCCAUAUUUAUUAAAAAACUUCCGAAGGGCUACGAGACACUGGUGGGUGAACGUGGAGCUCAAUUGUCCGGGGGGCAGAAACAACGUAUUGCCAUUGCUCGCGCUCUGAUUCGUGAUCCGGAAAUACUACUGUUGGAUGAGGCAACCUCCGCCCUCGAUACGGCCAGCGAGGCCAAGGUGCAGGCAGCCCUGGAGAAGGUUAGUCAGGGUCGUACCACCGUCAUUGUGGCCCAUCGUCUGUCCACAGUACGUCGUGCCGACAGGAUCGUGGUUCUGAACAAUGGCCAGGUCGUCGAGACCGGCACUCACCAGGAACUGAUGAUGAUAAAGGGCCAUUACUUCAAUUUGGUAACCACGCAGAUGGGGGAUGACGAUGGCAGCGCUCUCAGUCCCAGCGGAAACAUCUAUAAGAACCUCGAUAUAAAGGAUGAGGACGAACAGGAAAUUAAAAUUAUACACGACGCUGUCGACGAGGAAGAAGAUCCGAAACUUCAAAAGAAUAAGAAAAAAGCAAAGAAGGACAAAAAUAAGAGUUCUAUCUUGUGGGGCAUCAUGAAGCUGAACAAACCGGAAUGGAUGCAAAUCACAGUGGGUUGUAUAUGUUCGAUCAUAAUGGGCUUCGCGAUGCCCGUUUUCGCCAUGCUCUUUGGCAGCAUUCUGCAGGUCAUGGAAUCCGAGAACGAUGAUUACGUCAGGGAGAACACGUCCCAGUAUAGUUUGUACUUCCUGAUCGCUGGCAUUGUUGUUGGCUUGGCCACAUUUAUGCAGAUAUUCUUCUUCGGCAUUGCGGGCGAACGCCUCACGGAGCGCCUAAGAGGUCUUCUCUUCAGUAGCAUGCUGAAGCAGGAGGUAGCCUGGUUUGAUGAUCGUGCCAACGGCACUGGAAGUCUUUGCGCUCGGCUUUCCGGUGAUGCAGCCGCUGUACAGGGCGCGACAGGUCAGCGCAUUGGCAGCAUUAUCCAAUCGGUCGCGACCUUGCUGCUGAGCAUCGCGCUGUCCAUGUACUAUGAGUGGAGCUUGGGCCUGGUGGCUUUGGCGUUUACGCCCUUUAUAUUGAUCUCCUUCUAUAUGCAGAGCAUUAUCAUGGAACAGGAGAACAUGGGCAAUGCCAAAAUAAUGGAGAACACAACCAAAUUGGCCGUUGAGGUGGUAUCAAAUAUUCGCACGGUGGUUUCCCUAGGACGCGAGGAAAUGUUUCAUCGCAGCUACAUCGAAACGCUGUCGCCAGCCGUUAAGACGUCCCAGAAGAAUACGCACUAUCGAGGUGUUAUGUACGGCCUGGCAAACUCAAUGAUGUUCUUUGCCUAUGCGGCAUGCAUGUCCUACGGCGGUUGGUGUGUGGUCAAUCGGGGUCUCAAGUUCGGGGAUGUGUUCAAAGUAUCGGAGGCAUUGAUCAUAGGCACGGCAUCCAUCGGCAGCGCCUUGGCCUUUGCUCCCAACAUGCAAAAGGGGAUAAGUGUUGCGGUGACCAUACUGAGAUUCCUGGAGCGUAAGCCACUAAUUGCUGACAGUCCUGGCGUCUCCUUGAAGCCCUGGCACUGUAACGGCAAUGUGAUGUUCGAUAAGGUGCAAUUUAGCUAUCCGACCCGUCAGGAAGUCCAGGUGCUCCGGAACCUAGUUCUGGCGGUGCAAACUGGCAAGAAAGUGGCACUGGUGGGUCCGUCAGGCUGCGGCAAAUCCACUUGUAUUCAGCUGCUGCAGCGAUUCUAUGACGUGGACGCUGGCGCUGUGCAGAUCGAUGGCCACGAUAUCCGACAAUUGGCCAUUUCAAAUCUGCGCAUGCAGCUGGGCAUUGUCUCGCAGGAACCGAUACUAUUCGAUCGUACCAUACGUGAAAAUAUUGCCUAUGGUGACAAUUCCCGAAUUGUCACCGACCAGGAGAUUAUAGCGGCGGCCAAGAAGUCCAAUAUACAUCAGUUCAUUGCUAAUUUGCCACUGGGCUAUGAAACACGAAUGGGUGAGAAGGGCGCGCAGCUAUCCGGAGGGCAGAAACAACGUAUUGCCAUUGCACGCGCCCUAAUUAGAAAUCCAAAAAUACUUCUGCUCGAUGAGGCUACCUCCGCAUUGGACGCGGAAAGUGAGAAGAUCGUUCAAGAGGCAUUGGAUGUGGCUGCCGAGGGACGCACCACAAUUAGCAUAGCCCAUAGAUUGUCUACCAUUGCCGACUCGGAUAUUAUCUACGUAUUUGAGAACGGAGUCGUCUGUGAAAGCGGCAACCACAAAGAGCUUCUCCAGAACCGUGGACUCUACUACACACUGCACAAAUUGCAAACUGGCACCACGUAGUUGGCUUUCGAUCAAUUGCAGCCUUGCAAUCAAAGCGCAACUAGCAUUGUAAUAUAAAUAUAUUCACACAUUUCCAUAUUAACAUAUUAGUAGUUAAGAUGCAGACUUGCAGAAUUUAAUGAAAAUUUGAAUAUUUCAAAGCUUUAAAAUAUUAUAUACAUUCAUCAACGGUCGACAAUAACGUGCGUAACGACAGCAUCAUUUGAGAAACACAAA